AUGUCAGCGCUGGCCUCUUCACUGGUUCCAUCAGCGUCCAUAUAUGAUAAACAUGAACAACAAGUAACCAUCAAAAUAAAUCAAUUACGCCACAUACUCCGCCAACGUUUCCACCUCACUUUAAAUGAAUUUAUAUUCUUAUCAUCAUUCAUAUUCAACUUCUUACUUUCGCGAUUAAUUCAUUAUACUUCGCCACAGGAGGAAGUUUACAACUACUACAAUAAUAAGCAUAAUUUUUUCAAUACGGUGUUUGUGAAGCGUGGUUGGGGAUGGACAACUUUGAUCAUCAUUGUGUUUUACGCUGUCAUUGUCAUGCCUAAGUUAUACAGCAACAAGAACGAUACCACGUCGAUUCAACAGCAACAGAAAAUUGAGUUUUUAAUCAAAGCAGUAGUGAGAUACGCAAUAGCUACAUUCUGGUGGAUCUUAUUCACCCAAUGGUGUUUCGGGUUACCAAUAAUGGAUAAGAUCUUUGUCCUUACAGGUGGUGUAUGUGUCUUGGAGCCACACCCAACAACACAAACAACUCCACCACUGACUAUAGCCAACCAUGCGUUGGGGCAACUGUUUUUACAAGAUUUAGAAACGUUGGUUUGGAAAAGCAAAGAUGUAUCAUCGUACCAUUGUCGGAAAUUCAAAGGAUCGUGGUUGGGCGGAUACGAUCCUAGUGGGCAUGUAUUUUUAAUGAUUCAUUCGUCGAUUUAUUUGUAUUUCGAAACUGCUGCAUGGUUUAACUGGACCGAUGUGAGAGGUGCUCUUUACUCAAUCAAACAAAGUUUACGUGAUAGGAGGUAUUUGGAAUCUCACAUAUGGCAAUUGGUGUAUGGUAUAGUUCAGUUGCUGUUGGUGGGGUUAGUUGCAUUAUGGUGGUUCAUGUUGUUGAUGACAAAUGUGUAUUUCCAUUCUAUUGUCGAAAAGUUGUCUGGUUUGGUGUUUGGAUAUUUUGGAGUCAUUGUGGUUUAUGUGUUGCCGAGAUGGAUCAAGUAA